AAGAUGCCGCAGACUUUUUUCUUCUUAGGAAUUCUAAAUCAGGGUAGGUUUUUAAAACCACCUAGGUAUUCCAUUUUUUACCCUGUCGUUGCAUGUCCCUAACCUGCUUACUUUUUAUGCUUUUUCUCCUCCACACCAGCCAUGCCAUCUUACCACACGUGCCUCUUUUGGGCAUGGAAGCUACCACUGCAAGGACCAGAGGCAGUCCAGUUAGGCCGGGACCUCCGUGCUCUGCUUUGGCGCCAAAGUCCUGCUUAGCCUUUGAACCAGCAGUCAGGGUGCUCCGACUUUCAGCCUCUGACUACCAGAUUCCUGCUUUAAAAGAGCUUGGGAGAGUCCCCAGUGUGUGCUCCAAUCAGCAUAGUAGUGCCACUCAGAAAGAGACUGAACCAGAGAAGCGGCCAAAAAAAGUCUCACAGAUUCGAAUCCGGAAAACUAUUCCUAGGCCAGAUCCCAACCUUACCCCUAUGGGACUGCCUCGACCUAAAAGGCUGAAGAAGAAGGAAUUCAGUUUGGAAGAAAUAUACACCAAUAAGAAUUACAAGUCUCCUCCCUCAUCCAGGUGUUUAGAGACCAUCUUUGAGGAGCCCAAAGAGAGAAAUGGGGCACUCAUAUCUGUCAGCCAGCAGAAGAGAAAGCGGGUCCUAGAAUUUCAGGACUUCACUGUCCCACGGAAGAGGAGGAAUCGUGGUAAGAUCAAGAUGACAGGCAGCUUUACCAGGGCAAAAAAGGCCGCCCUGCAAAGCCGAGAGCUCGAUGCCCUUUUGAUUCAGAAACUAAUGGACCUGGAGGCCUUCCUUGCCAAGGAGGGAGAAGGAGAGCCAGCAUCAGGCUGCUGAGAAGUCAAGUCAUUGUUGGAAUUUGGGGGCCUUGUGUUGGUAGCUCUCUUGGCCAUCUUUGGGAAGGAUCUCUUGAUUCUUUCUGGUCAUUCAAACCACUCACCUGCACCAGGGAUUCCUGGACGAUAAGCUCUGUAGAGGUGCAGACGUGUCCUGUGUGGUCGAGAGGAACUCUGCUUUGCUGCUGAGCGUAGGGCCCCAGGAAGGCCUGCCUGCCCUCUCCUGCUCGGGACUGGGCCCUCCCCAGGGCCAGGCAUCCCAGGCACCCCUUCUGUGAUAACACUAGGAUUCCCAGGACCCACCCACCCACCUCAUAUUGCACGUCCCUGUGGACUUUCUCCAUUGUUUACAGUGGUGCUAGGCGCAGAAGCUGAUCACCUUGUUCUUCGGACCCCCCCUUCCCCCAAACUCACUGGAGGAGUUGGGGAAUGCUUUGUCCUAAUUCUGUUCUUCAGUCCUGGGAGUGAGUCUGCUUAGAACUGGGUUCUGUGCGUGUGGCCUGCCCUCCGCCCAGCCCCUGCCCCACUCCGCCUGCUGGUGGCUCUUGGUCACUGGCCCCAGAGGAGCCCAACAAGGCACCAUUCCAAGUCAGU